GCCACAGAGCAGCGACACCACGUGACUCGACGCACGACGCCACAACAGCGUCAACUGCUUCAACAGCAACAGCAGCAACAGCAACAGCAGCAGCACGGGGAAGUUGACUCGGGGCAGUGUGAUCUUCUGAAAUAACUGCGUUUUGUCACCAUGACGCCACCGGCUCGGCUGUGUCUGUGUGAGUGAGCGCGCACAGAGACUCCCCCCGUGCGGCCGUGCUCGUUGCUCCUUUCCCCGGUGUCGGAGCUCCUUUCCCCGGUGUCGGAGCUGUUUAUGGCGGAGCCCGCAGCCGCAGCCCCGGGGAGAGCGGAGGAAGACCCGGCUGAAGACAUAAACGAGGCGGAGCUGGCUCUCAAAGGCAUCAACAUGCUCCUCAACAAUGGAUUUAAGGAAAGCGACGAGCUGUUCCGGGCGUACAGAAACUACAGUCCUCUGAUGAGCUUUGGGGCCAGCUUUGUCAGUUUUCUGAACGCCAUGAUGACUUUUGAGGAGGAGAAGAUGCAGAUGGCUCUGGAGGACCUGAAGGCCACAGAGCGUCUGUGUGAGAGCGACAGCACCGGAGUCAUCGAGACCAUCAAGAACAAGAUCAAGAGGAGUAUGGACUCUCAGAGGUCAGGAGUGGCAGCGGUGGAUCGUCUCCAGAGGCAGAUCAUCAUCGCAGACUGUCAGGUUUAUCUGGCUGUUCUGUCCUUCAUCAAACAAGAACUUUCAGCGUAUAUCAGAGGAGGCUGGACCCUCCGCAAAGCCUGGAAAAUGUACAACAAAUGCUACAGUGACAUCACCCACCUGCAGGAAGGCCAAAGGAGGAGAGCGUCAGAGCAGCCCACAGCGCCCCCUAUCUCCUCCUCCUCUUCAGACCCCCCCAGCCACAACUCCUCCCCCGGCCCCAGCCCCUCCGUGCGGCCCCACGCCAUCAGCCUGGAGGCCCUGGACCGACUCAAAGGCUCCGUCAGCUUCGGCUACGGCCUCUUCCACCUCUGCAUCUCCAUGGUCCCCCCUCACCUGCUCAAGAUCGUCAACCUGCUGGGUUUCCCCGGCGACCGUCACCAGGGCCUGUCUGCGCUCUCCUACGCCAGCGAAAGUAAGGACAUGAAGGCCCCCUUAGCUACCCUGGCCCUGCUCUGGUACCACACAGUUGUCCAGCCGUUCUUCGCCCUGGACGGCGCAGACACACAGGCCGGACUCAUAGAAGCUCGAUCGAUUCUCCAGCAGCGAGAGGCCACCUAUCCCAACUCCUCCCUCUUCAUGUUUUUCAAAGGCAGAGUCCAACGUCUCGAAUGCCACAUCAGCAGCGCCUUGAAGUCCUUCAGCAGCGCCUUGGACCUGGCCUCUGGUCAAAGGGAGAUUCAGCAUGUGUGUUUAUACGAAAUAGGCUGGUGCAGCAUGAUUGAGUUGAAUUUUGGAGACGGCUACAGGGCCUUCGAGCGACUGAAGAACGAGUCACGCUGGUCUCAGUGCUACUACGCCUAUUUAACCGGAGUGUGCCAGGGAGCCAGCGGCGAGCUGGAGGGAGCCGUGUCUGUCUUCAAGGAGGUGACACGAUUGUUCAAACGCAAGAAUAACCAGAUCGAGUUGUUUUCCAUGAAGCGAGCAGAGAAACUACGCAGCCCCAACGUCACCAAAGAGCUGUGCAUCCUGUCAGUGAUCGAGAUUUUAUAUUUGUGGAAAGCUCUGGCCAACUGCUCCGAGCCAAAACUGCAAACCAUGACACAAGUCUUGCAGGGGAUAGACGACGCUUCCUCUACGGGCUUGAAGUACUUACUGCUGGGCGCUAUCAACAAAUCUCUUCACAAAACCAAAGAAGCCAUACAGUAUUUUCAUUUAGCUGCAAGAGAUGAGGUGGGCUGUCUCACCAACUCCUACGUACAGCCCUACUCCUGCUACGAACUGGCCUGUGUGCUGCUCAGUAACCCAGAGACGGCAGCGAGGGGUCGAAUGCUAAUGCUUCAGGCUAAGGAGGACUACGCAGGUUAUGACUUUGAGAACAGAUUACACGUGCGCAUUCACUCAGCGCUGGCCUCAGUGCGGGCCCCAGCUCCGCCAUAGGACUCUGCACCUCACUGCACCUUGCCAUUCAAAUUUCUAUUUUAUAAUUUCUUCUAUUUAUUUUUGAACCACAUGCCAAUAAUAUUUAUGUGUGCAAUAAUAAGAUUUGUACAGGCAACUGUUGCUCUGGUGACAGAAAAAACUUACUGUAACAAACCUUUUUAGAAAUGUCCAUAUUUAGUACUUUUACAUUUUUAAAGGGACGGGUUGUAUAUUGUACUUUUGAUGUGUCAGAAGUUCAGUUCUGUAAAAACAUAUCCAAAGUUUUCCACAGCAGUCAAGUGAACCUGAAUGUCUCAGUGUAGUAACUUAAUCUUAUGACUUCAGUGUUGUACAGACUUGAGUAUUUUGUAUUUAAAUGGUGUAAGAGGCACAGACAGUGUUUUUCACUGUGUUUUAAUAAAAUUAAAUACUGUAAAAUGUUCUGU